AUGGGGAAUCACUCUGCUGUGACUGAAUUCCUUCUGGUGGGGCUCUCCCAAUACCCAGAGCUCCAGCUCUCUCUGUUCGUGCUCUGCCCCCUCAUGUACCUGAUCAUCCUCCUGGGAAACAGCCUCCUCAUUCUCAUCAGCAUCCUGGAUUCCCGCCUCCACACCCCCAUGUACUUCUUCCUUGGGAACCUCUCAUUCUUGGACAUCUGUUACACAUCUGCAUCCAUUCCUCCAAUGCUCAUCACAUUUAGAAAUGCAAGAAAAUCCAUCUCUUUCAUUGGCUGUGCAGUUCAGAUGGUUUUCUCACUUGGUUUGGGCUCCACGGAAUGUGUUCUCCUUGCCGUGAUGGCCUAUGACAGGUAUGUGGCCAUCUGCCACCCACUGAGGUAUUCUGUCAUCAUGAACAGGAUAUUAUGUGUGCACAUGGCCGCAUGGUCCUGGAUCACAGGCUGUCUAAACGCCCUAGUGCAAACAGUCCUGACAAUGAUGUUGCCUUUCUGUGGGAGUAACGUCAUUGACCAUCUCACCUGUGAGAUCCUGGCUCUUCUUAAACUUGUCUGCUCAGAUAUCACCAUCAAUGUGCUUAUCAUGACAGUGGCAAGUAUUGUUUUUUUGGUACUUCCUCUGCUAUUAAUUGUUAUCUCUUAUGUUUUUAUUCUCUUUUCCAUACUGAGAAUUAGUUCUGCUGAAGGAAGAAAGAAAGCCUUUUCCACUUGUUCAGCUCACCUGACUGUUGUCAUCUUAUUCUAUGGUUCAGCUCUUUUUAUGUACAUGAAGCCCAAGUCAAAGGACACAAAGACAUCAGAUGAGAUCAUUGGGAUGUCUUAUGGAGUGGUGACCCCAAUGUUGAACCCAAUCAUCUAUAGCUUGAGGAACAAGGAGGUAAAAGAGGCUGUGAAGAAAGUCUUGAGUAGACACCUUUAUCUUUUAAGGAUCCAACAUUCCUCCAUUCAUAGUCCAUUUUGA